GAUCUCUUCAUGAAGUUCCAUUUCACUACUCCCAUGUUGAACUGAGCAUAAGAACAUCUAGCAAACAUGACCACCCUAAGUUACGGUCUUAUCGCCCUAGACAUCGCUGAGAUUGCAAUUGCAUAUUACUUCCUACUCGGCAUCUACAAUGUCUACUUCCAUCCGCUCCGCCACUACCCAGGACCAUUCUUAUGGCGCUUCAGUCCAAUCCCAAAGAACAUCUCCCUCCUAACAGGCAAAUACGCCGUCAAAGCCCGUGAAAUCCACGAGACCUACUCCGGCGCCGUUCGCGUAGCUCCCAACGAGCUAUCCUACAUCCAACCACAAGCAUGGAAAGACAUCCUAGGCCGCCCCCUCAAAUCCGAAAUGGCAAAAGACCUCCGCUUCUUCGGCGGCGAGAAUUUCGGCCGCGAUAGCCUUGUCACGACAAGGCCGGAAGACCACACCCGCCAGCGCCGCAUCUUCACGCACGCCUUCUCCAACACGGCGCUCAAGGCGCAGGAGACGCUGCUGGUGGACUAUGCCAAUCAAAUGGUCGAGGCAAUGGGCUCGCAAGCCGAUCGUCAGCGUCAGCUUGCGCACGCAAAUGGUGAUGCUGACAAAGUCGGGUUGGGGUCCGUUAACAUUGUAGACCUCUACAACUUCGCCACCUUUGACAUCAUGGCGGACCUAACCUUUGGAGAACCGCUUCUGCUGCUCAAGAGGGGCGAUUACACCCCCUGGGUGCGCAACGUCUUUGCCGGGUUAAAAUUUGUCAUUUACGGGCUCGUAUUUCUUGAGAUUCCGGUGCUGGGUCCGUUGGUGCAGGCUGUCACGUCUGCGCCGCUGAGGAAGAAGGCGCAGGAGCAUACUGAUUUCGCGGGGCAGCUUGUUGAUCGGCGGUUGAGGGAGAGGCAGGAACAUCCGAAGCCGGAUAUUUGGAGUUUUGUGCUCAAGCAUAACGAUGACGGCAGCAGCAGCAGUGAUGACGGCGGAGCCAAGGGCAAGGAGAAGGGGUUGUCGGAUAGGGAGAUGCACGCCAACGCGGCCAUGUUCAUGGUUGCCGGGACGGAGACGUCGGGGACGGUGUUGUCUGGCACGACGUACUACCUACUGCGGAACCCGCGGGUGUAUGAUAUUCUGACGAAAGAGAUUCGGGGUGCUUUCAAGAGGACAGAGGAUAUUUGUGUUGACGGGCUUUUGGGGUUGGAGUACUUGACGGCGGUACUGAUGGAAGGGUUGAGGUUGUAUAACCCCGGCGGCGCGGGGAUGCCGAGGAUCGUGCCGAGGGGCGGGGCGGAGGUUUGUGGGGACUUUGUACCGGAAGGUACUUUGGUAUCCGUUAACCCGUACUCGGCCUUUACGAAUCCGGAGAACUGGGCCCGGCCGAACGAGUUCCUCCCGGAGCGGUGGACCCAUACGGAUGCGUCCGAGUGGAAGGAUGAUAAGAGGGAUGUGCAUGAGCCUUUUUCUUACGGGCCGAGGAACUGUCUCGGCAAGAAUCUUGCGUGGUUGGAACUCCGUCUGCUGCUAGCCAAGACACUGUGGCACUACGACUUGUCGCUUUGCCCCGGUAUGGAGUCGUGGGUUGUGCAGAGGAAUUAUAUUACGUGGGAGAAGGGGCCUUUAAUGGUUACGCUGAGACCUGUUCAGAGGGACGUAUGAAGGGGCUGUGAUAUGUUUGGGUAUCCUGGAAGUCUAGGCCGAUCAAAUUUGGGUUGACGAGUAGGGGAUGCCGGGAAGGUCUGACACAUCAUCUAUCUGGCCAUGAGUUUCCUGCCUGGAAAGGGGAGUUCGUGGCCAAAACAACACAGAGUUCAGACGCUACGUUUGUCGAGAGCUCGAUACUUUGCAUGUGUCUUUCGUACGAGAGUCAAGAUUAUAAUUACUACUCCAACCAACCCUGCGUCAUACUGGCGUGAAACUAGGUACAAAGAAAAUUAAAAC